UGGACAGGAAAUAUUUCAGUUCAAGUUGACCCGUUGUUUCGUGCGGACGCGUAAUACCGGUAGCUCUUUCGAAGUCAUAUUUCAGACGUGUGAUCUGUGGAUGUGUUUUGCUGGCCGUUUCCCAGCGUUUUCUUAUUCUUCGGCUGAGCCGAAGGUCUUGUUUCUUUUAGGUGGUUUAGCUCUUGAUGCUGGAUAAAAUUCAAUCCAGAAGCUGCUUUCGUGUUCAGAUUGAAGAGAAGAACAUCAAUAAUAAUUAGACACCAUUUGGUCCGGGAAUCCGGGACGUGGGGGAAGAGACCGGUGAAUUCCGUCGGUGAGAAUCUUUGCCUUCGAGACCGUAGCGUGGUGUAGAUUUAUUACAUUAAGGUUUGGCCUUGAUCGACAGAAUCUGAGAAGAGAGUUCAAGAAGAUAACUUCCCAUUGGUGAUGGUUAUGUUUCACCUGGGCUUCAAUCGGAUUCGGAUCCCUGAAGCAGUGAGAGGGGAAGAUUGAAGUAAAAGUGUUGCGUGGUCAGAAGCGCUCAGGCCAGAGGAAGUGCCGAAAAACAGUCGAAAAAGUGAUUUCAAUGCCGGUGUGGAAUGUGUGCUUCGGUUAUGAAGUGAAUAAUUAUCGUUAAAUUGCUGAUUCGGGAAGAAGUGGAAUUCCUGGAAGAUUUGCGGAAAGACAUUGAUAAAGGUAUUUGCUAAUCUUGACCAAAACUACUUCCUACGAACGAAGUCGAUGGCCCAAAUGAUUGAUAUCUGUCAAGAGGAAUCGAAAUCCGAGCAAGAAGGUUUUUUAUGCCUUAUCAUAGGAAAUAAGUGGCUUCUCCGUUCGGGCGGGAAAAGAAUGGAAUGAAGUUGCAGAAAAAGAAAACCGAACACCCGAAGAGAUAAAAACAAGUGAAGUAAAUUGUGCUGCCGGUUCUGGUUUGAAUAUCUUUUUUUUUCGGUGGUAGUACUGAAGUUGCUCCGCAGUGGUUGGCAAACAGCGAAUGGCAAGAUAGAUAACUACAGCACACAACCCCCAAGUGAACGAAACGUACGGGCAAUAAAAGAAGGCAUUCAACAGAUUUCGGUGUGUGAAGGGCGAGAAACGGAACAGACCACCAGCCGGCGAAUAGAUCGAGUGGAACAUUGACUCAAGAGAAUCCAUCGUUCAACUUCGGGCCAACCAUGUCACUGGAAGACGUCCCACGUGCCUCGACAGCGAAGAUGCCCCUCGGGAACGUCUCUCAACUGUGAACCCUCUCGUAGAAACAGCAGCAAACCCAUGAGAAAACAAAGCAUCGUAAAAAUUUAAAAUUGGAAAACCCGAGCGAACACCGUCGUGCUGUGAAUUCCAUCUACCAAGAUUAGUGGAAAACAGGGAAACGCAGUGGAAAAGUGAUCUCCGACGUCUUCGCCUUUUCGACUCGUCAAGAACAAAGUGGUAUCGUGCGGCGUGUUUAAGUGAAUCGUCUUCGUUUUGAUGUUUUGUUCAUCGCCAACUGGCGUCGAUCAGCAGAAGAUGAAUAAUCGCUCCAAGUCGCGGUCAGUGAUGGUGGUGAUUUUUUGAAAGAGAGAAGAAAUACGUCGGAAAAAUACCUAGAUAGAAAGGUGCACAGCUAACCUUGACCUGUUGCCGAUCUCGGUCCGAGUGGUCGCGUGUCAAAAUUUUGAAGUUCAAAAAAACCCGUUACAAAAUGGCAGAGAAUGCCGCCAAAAGUGGUGCUAUCGGAGCCGGAUCCGGAAGUGGUGCUAGCGGAAAUGGUGGUGGAGGAGAAGAUCCACCACGGAAGAGCAAUAUGAAUGGCAAUCGAUCGGGUCGAUUUGGAUCCGAUGGGGGAGCGGGGAAAGGUCGUGUUAACAGUUCGAGCGAUUCGGCCGAUGAAGAGGCCAAGUUGUUGCAACAGGGGAAGGGUGGUCAGGUGGUGAAGGGGGUCGGAGGGACGGAUGUGGAUAGUGGUGGUGGAGGAGCAGGUGGGGAAGAAGGGGCGGAGAAUGGGGAUUUGGUGAAGGCUAGGGAUGGCCAUGGGGUGUCGGUGAUUGAUAUGGCGGAUGUCGCGGGGGCGCAGUCGUAUAAGCCUAUUAAUGGCAAGAAGAAGAAUGUGUUCAAAACGUCCUACAACCGCGUGCUGACCACGUUCGACAUAACGCCCAAAGCCGAGCGGCCCUUCGUCAGCCUGGUCCUGAUCACCUUGCUGCUGCUGAUAGUGCUCAUCCUGUUGGCCAUCCUGUGGCCCCGACUGCCCAGCUAUCUCACCAAGGAAGUCUGCCUGGAGGCGGAAUGUCUGGAAGCAAGCAAACAGAUUCUCCUGUGGGCAAAACCGGACAUCGACACGUGCCGUUCGCCGUACGAGUGGGCCUGCGGGCGCUUCGAGGAAAAGUACAUCGCCCACAGCCUGUUCGGGGUGAACAAGGGCGAGUGGAACUUCGACGCCAACCGGGACUAUGAAGAAACUACCGCAGCGUACGAAUUCAUCUCGAAGCUGCCGUCGGUGGCCAUGACCUUUUCGACUCAGGCCAUGCUGAAGAAGUUGCACUCGAUCUGCACAACGGUGGAAACGGUUAGCUCCAAUGAGGUGAUAACUUCGUUGAAGCGGGCGCUCAAUGACUUGGGUGGCUGGCGAAUGCUGCCCGGAAGCAGCGAUCCCUACUGGAACGUGCGCGAGAACCUGCAAAAGGUGCAACCCAAGUACGGUGCAACGCCUUUCUUCAAGCUAGGCAUCGACGUCCGGAAUGCGCCGCCAUUCAACUACAUCAUCACGGUGAGCGAAGGCGAUCUCGGUUUGCCGAGCAAUGAGUUCUACACCCUGGAGGAGAAACAUCCGAUCAUUCAAGCGUACCAAACCUACCUGAAGGACAUCCUGGCUCACUUGGUGGCGGCAUCGACCAUCCAGGCCCAAGAGUACGCCAAGAUGAUCUACAACUACGAACGGCGAAUCGCCUUGGACGUGAUGAGCGUUCUGCGCGAGGGCAAUGAUAACGCUACUCAACCGCAACUGCGAACUCUGCAGCAGUUGGCCAACGAAGCUCCUUCGCUUCCAAUUCUGGAAACGGCCCAGGCCAUGUUCAAAAGGAAGAUCACCGAGAACACUCAGGUCCUGGUGCAGAGCCCGGUGGCUUUGAAAAUGAUCUCCCAGAUCAUCACUACGACGGACAAGGAAAUCCUGAACAACUUCGUUAUGUGGUCGCUGAUACGGCAUAUGGUCCCGUACAUGUCCCGUAACUUCCGGCUGUCGAUGCAGGAGUUCGAAAAGGUCCUAUACGGAGUCCAAGCCAAGCAACCGAUCUGGCAUUUCUGCACCAAAGUCGUGGAACAGUGGAUGCCCUACGGGUUGGAAGCGCUUCGCGAAAACCCGGAUCUGAUUGUACACGAUCGCACCGAUCGGGACUAUGCUGAACAACAUCCGGCGAUGGACUCGUUGGAUCCGUACCACACGUCCAAAUUGGUCAAUGAAGAUCGCAUCCGGUACGACGACGAGCUGGUCAAGAUGAUCUUUUAUCACAUUCGGGACGAGUACAAGUCUGCGGUGAUCAACUCCAACUGGAUCAACGAACAUCUCACCAAGUACAUCACCGACAAGCUGUCGAUGAUGCGAGUGCAGAUCGGUAUUCCGUGGGAGCUGCUGAAGAACGACAAGCAGGUCAAUACGUUCUACCACGAUUGGAUACUGGAUAAUCUGUUGUUCGUUGAGAAUGUCCCUGCCCAUUGGGUGUUCGCAAAGAGGCGAAUGGACCGAAUGCUGGACAAUAUGACCGAGAGCGAUAGAAUCAUCGCCGAGCUCUAUCCGCCCGUCAGCUACGGAGCCCGCCGAGCACCUGUUCCGGAUCUGAAGUAUUCGAUCGGGCUGAACAUGGUCAUCAUUUCGCGGCAGAAGACCCGAGAGCCCUACUUCCACCACAAGUACCCUCUGGCGGUGAAUUUCGCCCGACUGGGAGCGGACAUCUCGCUGGUGCUGCACGACGCCAUCAACAUCCUGGCGGAGCAGUUCAAAAACACCGAAACCACACAACCGAAGCACAUUCUGGAAAAUGUGUUCCAAGACGAAGCGCAGAAGUGCAUGGUCAAUACUCUUCCGGUCACCAUCAACGCGGCACGAAUCUCAAACUCCAGCAAGCUGAACCUGUACCUGGAGCUGGCGGCCGGCAGUGUCCUGUCGCAAUCGUUCGGUACCCUGCUGGACAAAAUCGACCGUAACGAGCGGAUAUUCGAGAGCGGCAUAUCGGAACGAACGACGUACGAGGUGCUGGGGCUGCGGAACGGUCACCGACAGCCUGGCCUCCGGAAGUACGACGCCCAGCAGCUGUUCUCGCUGGCGUACCUGCAGAAGCACUGUGCCGUGCCGGACAGCGGUGCCGUGCGGCUCACCAAGCUGCUGGUGGACAACGACAUUCCCGAGACGGAGAAAUUCUCGCUCCUGUGGCAUCAAGUUCCGCUGCUUUCCUCGUCCCUAGACUGCAGCAGUAGUUCCAGUUUCAGCAGUAGUACCGCUGGCACCGGUGGUGCCGCACAAAACGGCCACUGCAGCCGCAUUCUUUGAUUAGUGCAACGUCGUCCAGCAGCUCCACUGCCGGUGGCCGACAGUAGCAGUAGCGCUGUAGUAGACUCCCGAAAGCGUAAGAAGCAACUUCCCACCUCGUACUACGAUCCGGCGUUCACCGAUCCCUACUACUACUACUCCAUCGGGGCACAGCAGCAGCAGCAUCAACCGAAUCCGGUGGCCUACGGCGACAAUAGGGGCGGCAGAAGUGACCACCAUCCGGACGGUGGCAGCACCGGGCAGGGAAGCAACAGUGGUGAUAUCAUCUUUCCUAAAAUUGAUGUGAAUAGUAUAUUCUUCUGAGAGAUGUGUUCCGAGAGAAUGCGAGUGUGACCGUUUUUGCAUGAGGCGUUGGGAUAUCUGUUACGGUAUUUGGUGAGUGAGUGAUGUUCUAAAUCUUAAGCUGGUUUGAAGCAUUUCCACAUUGAAUCAAUGCUUUCGAUUAUUUAUAACUGUUGAUGUUGAUCUGAACUGUGUUGAGAACGAUGAUUUUAUUUUUCACGCCUAUAUUACCAGUAUGACACAAUGGAUGUUGUCAUCACUCUCUUUUAUCAGAUUGAUGAACACAGAAACUCGUUCAAAUAUGCCAAUACCGUUCGAACAAGUAGACUUCCAAUAAGUAAGUUUAACGAUUAUUUAUAGGUUUAAAUGCAAAAUUCCACACAGCUCACUUUCUAACCCGCCAAACAAGUGAGCGACAAUGAACAAGUGAAUCUAACUUUACACAUAAUGAUGCCAGAACAAUCGUUGAAACAUGAGAAACAUACAUCCAAACCGCGCACUACCGCCAGACGAGAUUUAUGUUUAAACGAGAGUACCUUUAACUUAAAUUGCAACGGAUGAAUCGUGUUACAUUUUAUAAUAAGCGAGCCUAGGGACUAUCCCCGAAGCCUGAACAGACAAAUACGAACGUUGAAACAUGAUGAGUCUAUAUAUAUUUGAGACGAUGCACAGUGCAGCGGUACCAGUAGCGCUAUAGGUAACAGAAGAAGAAGAAAACAUGUGAAUAGUGUUAAACAUAUUUGAGACAAAAUGACGACAAUGGGUGACGGUCUUUGCAGGUCGGAGAGGCCUGCAGGGCGCUCCGUUUCACUCAUCACGACAAAUAAACCGUUCUUUUGUAAGGUAA